CCCAUAUUGACCAGCUGCUCGUGACUUCACGUUGCGAUACCUCGACCCGAUCGCUUCCAGCAACAUCUACAGAAUUUUAUACCUCCAUCUCCUGACACGUAAUCGAUAGAAAUCUCGUCCGCCAGCGCCCAGCGCCGAGCUCGCACGCCGACUGCCUGUCUUCUUUUUUUUUUUCCUUUCCCGCCCGCAGAGUUGCCCCGCCAAACCCACGAGCGUCACCAUGUCUGCCAACGGCGAUCCCAAAUACGAUGACAUUGACUCCGAGUCUGACUCUGGCGAGUCUUUCGAUGGCCAGCACGACGCUGCCGACGACAAACCCCUGAAGUCGGCCCUCAAGAAGUCCAACCCUGCCAUCCCAGACCAGACCAUCCAAAGGCCCCCGCUGCCCCCGCAAACAGACCCGAAAGACCUCGACCUCGCCAGCCUGACUCCCCUCACGCCUGAAAUCAUUGCCCGGCAAGCGACCAUCAACAUUGGCACCAUCGGUCAUGUCGCCCACGGUAAAUCGACCGUCGUCAAGGCCAUCUCCGGCGUCCAGACCGUCCGCUUCAAGAACGAGCUGAUCCGCAACAUCACCAUCAAGCUCGGCUACGCCAACGCGAAGAUCUACAAGUGCGACAACCCGGAGUGCCCGCGACCCGGCUGCUACCGAAGCUACAAGAGCGAGAAGGAGGUUGACCCUCCCUGCGAACGUGAUGGCUGCAGCGGUACCUACCGGCUAUUGAGACACGUCUCUUUCGUCGACUGCCCCGGUCACGACAUUCUGAUGAGCACCAUGUUGUCAGGUGCCGCAGUCAUGGACGCUGCCCUGCUCCUCAUUGCUGGCAACGAGUCCUGCCCCCAACCCCAGACCUCGGAGCAUUUGGCUGCCAUUGAAAUCAUGAAGCUGGACAAGAUCAUCAUUUUGCAGAACAAAGUCGAUCUCAUGCGGGAAGAGGCCGCUCAGCAGCACUAUGAGUCUAUCCUCAAGUUCAUCCGAGGAACGGUUGCCGGCAAGUCGCCUGUCAUCCCCAUUUCAGCUCAGCUCAAGUUCAACAUCGACGCCGUCAACGAGGCCAUUGUCAAUACCAUCCCUGUUCCCCCCAGGGACUUCACCAUGGACCCGCACAUGAUCGUCAUCCGAUCUUUCGACGUCAACAAGCCCGGUGCCGAGAUCGACGACCUGAAGGGCGGUGUCGCUGGUGGCAGUAUUCUCCACGGCGUUGUCAAGCUGGGUGACGAGAUCGAGAUCCGUCCCGGCAUUGUCUCCCGAGAUGACGCGGGUGCUCUCAAAUGCACCCCCAUCUUCAGCAGAGUCGUCUCGCUUAACUCUGAGGCCAAUGACCUCAAGUAUGCCGUGCCCGGUGGUCUGAUCGGUGUUGGUACACGCAUCGAUCCGACUCUCUGCAGAGCCGACCGUCUCGUCGGCUUCGUUCUCGGCCUCAAGGGCAGACUCCCGGAGAUUUACAGCGAGAUUGAGGUCAACUUCUAUCUCCUCCGCCGUCUUCUCGGUGUCAGGACCGCCGACGGCAAGCAGGCCAAGGUCGCCAAGCUGGCCAAGAAUGAGGUGAUCAUGGUUAACAUUGGCUCUACGUCCACCGGCGCCAAGGUUGCCGCCAUCAAGAACGAUGCCGCCAAGCUGGUCCUGACCAGCCCCGCCUGCACCAACAUCGGUGAGAAGGUUGCCCUGAGUCGCCGUAUCGAGAAGCACUGGCGUCUCAUCGGCUGGGCCACGAUUGCUGCCGGUGUUACGUUGGAGCCCAGCACGUCGUAAGGUACGGAUAUCCGGAUUGAGAGCUCUGCCCCAACGGGGGCGCACGACGCAACCCCAAGGGGUUUGUUUCUCCAAAAGUCUGCAUAAGUUUAGAUGUGGCAUGGAGGGGGGGGCGCCAGGCGCCGAAGCGCAAAUCGGUGUUCAUAAAGCUGUCAUUCGAGGACGGUCACCAGAGGAGCAUCCCAUGAGGGCUGUGACCAUCUGGGGGCGCAACGACGGCUGCACACUGUAGACACACAAGUCGGCCGCUUGGUCCAUGAAUCAAAUCGUAAACAUCUCAUACUGUA